ACUGACAAUUUGUUGUACCAACUUGCUAAUUUUCAUUACUCAUUUGCCCUGCACAAUAUUAGGGCAAUAACAUUUCGUUUCAAGAAUUUUCUUUUUUCCUGCAUCCUUCGGGAAAGGUUCAUCCCUAUUCUUGUUUCCAUCAGCUCAUGCCAACAUAAGUUUAGUGUCAUUCUACAUUCGUCGAACCAAGAUAUGGCAGGAAUCGUAUACUUGAAAACCAAUAGAUUUGAGGUUAAACUAGAAGGUAUAACCUUUAAGGCGAAAGAGUUUGAAUCUUUAUUCACAGCUGAUAUUCUUUUCCCAGAAGGCAAGAUUUGGGCACAACCACCUGUUGUUGGCCUUGAUGUCAUGCGCCACCCUCGCGAUCCCAAGAUAAUCUUGGUUCUCUUGUGCUUUGGAGUUGGUUGUCUGAUCCUCAGGUUUCAUUCUGGUGAACAGCUACCUGAUCCUGUCCUCAAAUUUCUUACGGACACGAGAAUCCGUUUCGUUGGUUUUGCAAUACCAGAAAAGCAAGAUUUGUUCCCAUUUGAAGAAUUAGGCUUGACUAAAGAUAAAGUUGAUAUAGGUUACCUGGCUACCAAGUUUUUCAAUGACCCUAAAUACAAGAGAUAUGAACUAGGAGAUCUGGCGCGUAAAGUUCUUGGGAUCAAGAGAAUGAUUGGCCUUACACAAGCUUCAUCUUUCGAGAGACACGAGCAAAUCAAAUGUGCCAUCUGUCAACUUUUCAUAUCCAGCGUGAUCGCCAUGUCAUUGUUCACCACAAAGGACAAGAAAAAAUUGGCAGAAGCUCCAAAGAGAUCCUCAUUUCUGAAAAAUCUGUCUCUGCCUUUGUUGACAGAAGGAUGGUUCAAAUUGCCUAAAGUCAAAAAGGGAGACAAGUUUCAACCUGUGCAAACAGGAAUGGAUAAUCUUGUUCAGACAGCAGAUGAUGAAAAUUUUCUUGUCGACAUAGUUCAUUCUGCACCUGAACACGAAGAAGUUUCCAUUGGUUAUGACUUAAUUCAUGCCAAAGUUACAGAAGAUAUCUUCUGUGAUGAUAUUGACGGUGUUUGGGGUGGUAACAAAUGUGCCACUGCUGAUGAUCACGUCCAAGUAAAAUGUAGUGAGGUUUACUUAGACGAUCUUUCUCCUCGUGUAAGAGGUGGUGAAGUGGACUAUGGUGAUGACUUUGUCCGAGCCAAAGUUAGUGAGGAUAAAUUAGGUGAUGGUUCUGCUUACGACAAAGCUAAAGAGGUUACUAUAAAUAAAGAUGAGAAGAAGGAAACUGCCAAAGGCGAAGAGGUUAAUGCAUAUGAUGAUUCGAAGAAGGAAGCCGUUUGUCUAAAGAAAAAACCUUUGAAAGGGAUUCUGAAAUGUCCCUCUUCUAACCUGGAUUCUUGGAAUGCAUCCUCUUCUAAACCUGAUUCCCCUGUAUCAAUGGAUAAGGAUGAACAAAGCGUUAGAGGCUCGCUAAGAAGAGCCAAUUCAAAGGGGUUUAAUGUUAAAUUUAAAUAACAGUGUCUACUACUAAUAUAUAUAUAUAUAUAUAUAUAUAUUCUACAUAGAUGAGAAUUCAUACAUCACUAUUUCGAUGUUAUGAGUUUUCUCUAAAUGUAACUGCCAGAAAUCUGUACAUUUUCAUUAGGUAGACAUCUGGAAGUUGUAAUGUUUUGGUAAUUGUUAGUAAUCAGAUUUAUUGGUUCAACCUUU